GCCUCCCAAAAAUCAUCUCAAUCUUCACUAAAUCCUAUUUCUUUCUUGUAUUUAGCUUAAUCCGUUGUUUUCUUGCACCAACCACCAUGGCGGAGGAGCACCACCACCGCCGCGGUGGCGAUGGCUACGGUUAUGAGGAGCCCGCCAAAGACUACAAGAAGGAGGAGAGGCAGCACAAGAAUCACGAGCACCUCGGCGAGCUCGCCGCCGGGGCCGCCGGCGUUUUCGCCUUGCACGAGAAGCACAAGGCGAAGAAAGAUCCGGAGCACGCACACAAGCACAAGCUGGAGGAAGAGAUAGCAGCGGCGGCGGCGGUGGGGGCCGGCGGGUAUGCGUUCCACGAGCACCAUAAGAAGAAAGAAGCAAAGGAAGAGUCUCAUGGAAAGAAGCACCACCACCACCUCUUCUAGGCUUAAUUAAUUAUAUAUGAAUUAUGAAUGAAUGUGCUGAAACCUCUGAUUUUCUUUGUCCUCAGUGUGUGUGUGUGUGUUUAGUUGACCAUCAGUUGGGAGCUUCCCUAAAUAACUACCACCCUCUGGUGGCUGCAACGGCUGUAUCUGUGUGUUGUUAAUUUGCCUAAUGGAGAUAUUAUUAUUAUAUAUAUAUAUAUAUAUGAUGUGUAUUCAAAUAUAUACUGUCAGAGAGUUAUAAUAUAUAUUUGUGUCUUUUUUCUGUUUUUUAAGGGAUGAGAUGACGUGUGUAAGUUGUUGCAUCGAUGUAGAGAUUUAAACCCUUGCGAGA